AUGUAUGAAUACAAUCUGGUACCCGGCUUUGAGCGCAGAAACUCACAACAAACAGUAAUUGAUGACAACCCAUCUCCAGAUUAUCAAUCGUUUCCUUUGAACGAUAUAAAUGUGGGUUCAUCCCUGACAGUGUAUAGAUCCUUAUACGCCGAGCAAAUGUUUCAUCUCACCAAAUACGUGAAUAAACUUGCCCAAUAUCCCAAUACUGAGGUUAUAUUGAUAAUUAUAAGGGAUGAACCUUCAGAAAAUAGUGUCGUGAAUCUUCCACGAAAGAAAGUCUUUACAUUUGCUAGCUCGAAAUUGCAGCCAUUGUUGGCAAGAAUUGAGAGGGAUCAUCGUUUUAGACAACUCUCCCACACUGUUAAUCCCCAAGGCAAUGGGAAUCUUUUACAAACCGUAACCGCAUUAUCGUUCAUUUUGCUGGCUUUUACCCUAGGUCUGUCGCUUACAAUUUUGCUAUCAGUGCUUAUUGGUUCGGUAUUUACAACUACAUUGCUAGUGUCCUCUCUUUCAUUAUUUCUAUGGGGACGGGUCCUUAAGCAGAGAAAAUCUCCAACUAAAUAUCAGGCUCUAGGCGAUGAAAUGGAUCCAGAAAUGGAUCCAGAAUCAGUCUUGAAUGGCUCUCAUAAAGAGAUCUCCAGCCAUUUACCUGCGAACCGAGCAGAAAUCACCAGUCUUCAAGCAGCUAUCACAGGUAUUGCUUGCGAAAUUUCCACCAAUCGCACUAAAAUAUUGUUUCAUCUUGAAAGUGAAGAAACUACUUUUGACUAUGGUUCAUCCGAUUUAAAGGUUAUAUUAGGGAGUUGUCGCAACAUUUCCUCAGUAGAGGAAGAAGAACCAGCAAAGAACUGCUCGUCGACUCGACAAGCGCAUAGACUAUAA